AUUUCGUAUUGAUGCAGCCAUACGAUAAUGAUGUUCUUAUCUUGCACUGACUAUCGGAGUUAUGGCAAGCUCAUAAAUUAUAAAAAAACCCAAUAUCAAUUUUCAACUUUGCCUAUAAUGUAAUUGCUAUCUUUUAUCACAUGUGAAUAGUUGUAUUGACUUGAUGGAUUCAUGUUCGGUUGAUGGUUACUUAAAAUUAGAAUGCAUUAAUAUUAAUUCGCUUCCCAUUAAAUUCGUUCUUGUUGACCUUGAAAAAAAAUAUAAUAAAUUAAUGUUUGAAUAAAGUUAUCUUUGGAUUCGGAUCAUAUCUGAGUAGGCUUAUUGUGCGGCUUGUACAAAGCUCGAGUGUAACUACAAAGAGUGAGGGAUCUCUACCACUAUUAAGAUGAUUAGGAAGGAGGAAAUGAGAACAGCAGUGUUGAAUAAAAUUAAGUAUCAAUCGAAAAUAUCUGAUUUGAAAAUUUCUUGCUACCUGGCUGCCUUCAACGCUAUCUCGAAAGAAGCACCUCUUCUUCCAAAUCCCAAAGAAUGUAUAGGAAAAACGCCACUGAAAGAAGCUUUAGAAGAGAUAAAUGACACCAUACCAAACAUUUCGUUACUUAGAUUCUACUUGGAGAAGCCUGAUGUUUUCGAACUGCAUACAGAUACACUUACAUUGCUGCACUGGCUUCUUGUCAGACUUCACGAGCCACAUUUAGUGAUCCUCAGAGAACUAGAGGAUGUUGUGCUAGAUUGUGAUUACGAAAAAAUAGUAAAUAAAGUUACCGGAGACCGGAUGAAAAAGCCUGAUUUAACCUUGAAGUUCAAUUAUUGCCCAAUGUCUACAGUGAAUGUCAAUUGGAAAAGUAAGGUUAGGAACAAGAAGACGCAUUAUGGAUACACACCAGUGAGGUUGCAAGACUUGCACUCCGUCAUCCACAGAGGUCCGAAGGGACUCGAGAACAAAGGGUGCCUAGGAUACGGCCUCACACUCUGCUCCGAGCUUCGCUACGCCAUAGAAAAUGCAGAAGAGUAUUGGGUUUGGGGGAAAAGUAGUUUGGCCUCCAAGUUAUCAGCUGUAUUGGCAGUGGAGUUCGUUGAUUCUUCCCAUGCUGUACUGAGGCUGGCACGAAGUCAACCCGUCUAUUUUAUUAUUUCAGAACCAGAGUUUGCGAGAAUAAGAUAUCUCCUCCUUUGGAUUAAGAGCCCUCCAGCGAAAUUACCAAUCUUGCAGAAAUGUUUGACAAUCGAUAUGGGAGUCCAUCAAAGAAUACUUACCAACAUGCUUCUCAUAUUGAUAUUUCUUCUAUUGCCCAAACGUAGCCCAACGUUCCUUCAGAAAGGUAUUGAGAGAACAUUUUCACUGUUGAAAGAUCGUUUUUUUCAUCAUAAUCAAUGAUUAUCUUUGUACAAUAAAAGUCUAUUCUUCUAAAGAGGUAUUAA